AUCACCAAAUGAGUAGGAAGGAAAGACAGCAAAUUUAAACAUUUUUAUUAAUGCAAUGUUCGAAUAUGUUUGUUACACACGCGCAUCUGUGCAAGAUUUUUAUAUGCGCAAUCCCCAUAGGAGGUGUAGUCCCACAAGUUCUAUAUAUCGCGUAGCGUACAUACUUUAUUGUUUGUCUCACGAAACCGGAGAAACACACAUUACCCUUAACCUGAUAAAUACACCUGUGGAUGUAAAACAGUACCAAACAGAUCACUGGUGGUGCGUAACAGUAACCCAGACCAAACAGACCAAACAGUGAACUUAAGCGGCAGAAGGCAGAAAGAGAAGGGGAGUGAUCUUGAAUUUAGAAUAAAGUUCAAAUACACGUAGAGAAAUAACACUCCCGGCAACGCAAAGGUAGCCCUUCUUCCCACCGCCACAUCCAAUCCGGUUGUCAAGGGUUACCGAAAAUAACAAACAACGGCACCCAUUAAUAGCAUGGUUGAUGUUUUUCCAUCGCGCUGCUAGUAUGCGUUUGUCCGCUGGCGUGUGCGUUAGCGCAUGUUUGAGUGGUGGUUUUCCGCAGUCGAAGGUCUAGGGUGGAUUUCAGUGCCCCAAAAGAAAAAACCCAUACCCGUUACCCACAAGCAUCACCAUAUACGCCGGCAAAAAGCAAAAAGUGACACUACUUCCAUUUCGUCGCACUCCCUCUAUUGUGACGUUUGCUUGCUGUCCUGUGGAGGCGGGUUGUUUGUGCGAUUUUUUAUCGCUCGACACUAAUUAAAAGUAAACAUCCCGGGUGACAGACCUUCCUCGCUGGUGGAAGGGCUGACGGGGUGAGUUUGCCAUCGAAGUGAAAAAGCAACCCUCGAAUCCCAGUGAUCGGUGAACGCGGGCGAACGAACGAACUGAUGAAGGUUUGUAAAAGCCGCAAUCUUGGGAUUUUUCCUUAGCAACAGUGAAGAAAAACAAACGCACCGGACUGAGUCAAGCCGGAAUCUGUGCGUGCCCACACACACACAAUGGACGAUUAUAUGCCGUCGCGCUAUCAGCUGCUCGGCAGAAUCGGCGAAGGAGUCCACGGUGUUGUCGUAAAAGCGCGGGACCUGCAGUGUGAUGACAAGAUGGUGGCCAUCAAAAAGCUAUCGCUGCGUACAAAAUUCGGGGUUGUAUCGCUAAACACGGUGCGUGAAAUUCGUGCCUUACAGCACUGCCGAUGUGACAAUGUCCUGGAGUUGCUCGACAUGUAUCCUGAUCUGGCCGGCAUUUCGUUGGUGUUCGAGUACAUGCCCCAUACACUGUACAGCAAGCUGAAAGACGAAGAAAAUCCUUUAUCUCGUGCUACCGUACGGCGCUACACGGGAAUGCUACUAAAAGGUUUGGCCUACCUGCACGGAUUGCGUUUGAUGCAUCGGGAUAUUAAGCCAGCCAACCUGCUCAUCGAUCGGCACGAUGUGCUCAAAAUUGCCGACUUCGGGCUGGCCCGCAUAUACACCGAGCCGAGCGGGCAGCAACCGGCCAAAACCUAUUCGCCCCAAGUUGCCACACGAUGGUACCGAGCGCCUGAAAUUUUGUGGGGCUGCCAACGGUACGGCCCUUCGAUAGAUCUGUGGGCCAGCGGGGCCGUGUACGCCGAGAUGCUCCGGGGCGUUCCGUUGUUUGCUGGCGCCACCGACAUAGAGCAGCUGGCGCUUGUUGUCCGCACGCUCGGCACUCCAAACCAGAAGGAUUGGCCCGAAGUGCGAAGCCUUCCGGAUUAUAACAAAAUCCGCUUUCCGAACUCGCGCGGCGAACGCUGGGAGGACAUCUUUCCGAGCUGUACUACACGCGACGAGAUCAGCCUGGUCGAUGGGCUGGUGAGGUAUAAUCCUGCUAAGCGUCUCACGGCCGAAGAGGUAGGGUUUUUAACCUUUUGUGUUUUCCGGUUCGCCAUCGUUUCCUUCCUUUUUUUUAAACAUCCUUGUGGGGAUUCUUUAUGCCGCCUGCAUUUCCAUCCAAACCCAACCACUCGUAGUACGGAGACCGACCGGUGCAUUGUGGGAGGCAUUUUAAAAUCAUGCUUCUCGAGAUAUUUGCCUGCUCUGAUCCUCCAGCUUCAGUACUUCAGUGAACAUUGCACGUUCCGACCAUCUUCCUUUCGCUCUCCCUCUCAUCAGUUCACUUUUAUUUGUCUUUUCCCAUUAUCUUUAUUUUCAUUCAUUGGCCAAACCAUUCGUCCCUCUUGCUUUGUCCUUAACUCGCUGACCUACCGUUGACCCUUGGCACUCACUUACUCUCGCACACCAACCAUCCACUAACACUGUUUCAUUCGUUCUUUUCUCCCAUUUGCGUGUUUUUCACUGAUUAUAUACGGUACGUAGGCUUUACUUCAUCCCUACUUCACUGACGCAGCACCGAGUGAAAAUUAAUUCGCAACAGGCAUUCUGCAUCCGGAUUCGCCGUGUGCCCAGCAACCGCCCCCUACACAGGGGUUUAAACCUCUGAAAAUGCGUUGGUACUUUUGGAGGGGAGUAUGGAUAAAGAAAAAGGGAAAAUCCCGAACAACUUCCAUACCACGUUUGCUGGAUCACAGCGGAGCGGUAAGCUGAAUUUCUCGAGGCAAUUCUGAAGUCCUAAGCGCAGGACGCUUUCUACUCAGACCGUGUGCAAUGUAACGGAACGUAGCACCCACAAACCCAGUGCACUGAGCUCAUGUCACGGGGAGCCUCAUCGGUACAUGAAACAAUGGAGCUUCAUGCAAAAUGUCCGGGCGACUCAGAAGAGGCAAAAACAAGAAAAGAAGAAAUAAAAAAAAUGUAUAAUACGAAACUCAAAGAUAGUACACUCGGGUGCGUCUGCUUCGGCACAGGCCGCUCGUUUUUUGGGGAAAGUCUACCAACAUUACUGAAAUGCUGUGCCACUGGAAGCUCUCAGUUCCGCGCAAUCGGUUCAGCUCCAACGCUUUUUCCACCAUUCCCAAAAAACGCAGACUGUGAACCAUUAAACGACAAUGAACUUUCUCUCACUCUGUUGCUUCCAAUUACUUGAGGCGUGAUGUACUGGUUGGAAGAGCGAAGAAAGGUGAACGGCAGCAGCUGUGCCAGCAGGAGAUGUUUGUGCGUCAGAUCGCUAGCGACGGAUGAAAGUGGCUACUGGCUGUGAAGAAGAGCACUAGACUAACUGACGUGUAGGGUCAAAUCCACGCAAUUAUGCCGAACUUGGCAGUACCGUAGCAUACCACAAGGCCCAUAUACGUUGCCCCAGUUUUGGUUGGAGUGAGCUGUUGAACAACAAUAAUCAAGGUGAAACGUCGAGCAAAUGGGAUGGUGUUAUUUCAAGGUAUACACCUCUAUUCCUAUGCUGUUAGCAUCGCUUAGCAUAAAUGAAAAAAAAACACAAAUUUCCAAUUACAUUACACAAAUAAAAUUAUUAUUUUCAAACCCAACACGUGACGAAAAGCGCCCGAAAAAGGUUAAAACUGUUACUAUUAUAAUAGUCUAUCAAAGGUUACAAGAGCUUCUAUAUUUAUUAAAUCAAUCACUGAUUAAUGGCGUACGAUCACAUUCAAUCAAAUCAACAACACGGUACCAAGCCGAUGUGCAACAGGGGUGACUCACGCAGCCAAUUCCAUCAAUAGUUUCUUCUUUUCGUUAAGAAGCCAUUUAUUUUCGCAAGGAGCAUUUUAACUGAGAUUAAUUUAAUUUUUCAUUCGUUUCAGAUGUACUGCUUCACACUAAACGCUCUAAGCGUGAGCCGUUUCAUCCAACAUCCACAGUACGGAGCGAUUCGAUUUCAUUCCCGAGAUUUAGCUACGAUACUGCGCCGUUGUAAAGUUCAUUUAUUUUCAUCCUUUCACCCUGAUUCAUUUAUUUGCAUCGAAAAGAACCAGCAAUUUUGUUACCCGGCCAUCUAUCGCACCGGAAAAUCUGUUCCACAACUUAGCAUUUAUUUAGGCGCGGAAUAAUUCAAUUUGAAUAAUGACCCUGUAUCGACGCAUGGGGGUUUCGCACAAAUGCAGCAUUAAGCCUGGUGCAUAAUUAGUCCUUUGAUGCUUGUUUUAAGAACAUUUUUUGUGUUGCGAACAAAAAAAAAGUAUUUGUUUUAACGCAAAAUUAAAGGAAGAAAACCAUCCCUCGUCAUUUUAAAAUGUAUCGUGCGGUUUUGCUUUUAUUUGACGCUUUUGUUACAAACUGGUCAAUUUAUCUCUCUAAAAGACCCGCAAGUCUAAAUCACCACCGACUUGGAAGAUAAAAAGUUGAAUUAUUAAUCAUGGAUUUUACCUUGUCACACGGCGAGUCCCUUUGGGUUGUUCUACCUUCAGAAGAGUUAGGAGCCUUCCGCAAAACUUUUCUUACGCGUUUUUUUGUGUGAGUUUGUGGGCUCGUUUUUUUCCUCUUUCCUUUGCGAAUCGGUAAAAGUGCUUUCGCGGUGCACAGAUGCUUCAAUCUUACCAUUCGGUGUUUGUACACGACCGACCGUUCCAAUCCGGUUCGUACUUUUGUGCAUCAAAUUAAGCACCGACUGUGUAGUUGGCGCAUAAAAAUUAAAUAUUUAACCUCAAAAUGGUGUCGUUUAGCACCAUUGUUUUGUGCUGUCUAUAUGGUGAACUUGGCGUUGUUUAAAUUUCAUGCCAACUGCCAGCUUGUCUCAUCGGUCCUUGGCACUCCACAGUGGAGUGAUUUCAAACAAAUUAUGGUCAAAAACACUAUUUUUUACGAUUUUACACAUCGAUUCAAAGGGGUUUUUAUUUAAAUGUAUAAGGCAAAUUGUAAUUAUUCUUCUACGAACGUUCCUGAUGAUGGUCCAUUCAUCAAUUAUGGUUGGUUGAAAUUAAAUCAUACUACAUCGAUAACAAUUUAAAACAACAGAUAAUAAUAAAACCGCAAAAACUACGUUUUUUUGGUUAUCUGACUAAAUGUUUUAACUAUUUUCUGAAUGAAUACUUUUUAUAAUUUAUUUAAUUUAGACAUUUAUGAUGGUGAAGCUUGGGAAAAUUACUAAGUGAAAUUACUGACGAUGAUAAACGUUAAUGUUGCACGAAAGAAAUCUUUAUUUCUGCAUAACGUACAACAUUACAAGAUACAACUUAUAAUUUGGUAUCAAUUUUACGUCGAUCAUACGAGCAGAAAAAAGCUGAUACAAUAUUGUUAAAUCCAGCCUUUCAAGCGGGCUCGAAAGAAAAAAUGGUCCGCGCAAGCCGAAAUGAGUUUGACUUCACUGCUUCGUCGCAUUUCAACCAGUUGCCGACCUUAGUAAAGUACUGGGCGCCUCCAGCUACAUACAGAAAAUCCGUAAAAUGACUGGGAAAAUGGGACUGAAUGCAUAUUGUGAUAGAAUUACACCGUUAAAAAAAAAUGUAUCAAUCAUCGAAAUUUUUCCGAAAUUUCUCAUCGAAAUUUAUGUCCUAAUACAUAUAAAAUCAAAUAAACGUACGAUAAAUUUAUGUAGAUUAAACCACAAGCUAGAUAAGCGUAUUGUAUA